CGGGAAUUGGCGGGGCCUUUGUCUCCUGCCUCAGCCGGAGCUCCGGAGCUCUGGGUCUCGUCGUCUUUGCUCUGUGUCCUCUGCUCCUAGAGGUUCAGCCUCUGUGGCCCCGUUACCUGCAGGUAUUGGGACAUCCACAGCUAAGACGCCAGGACUCCCUGGAAGCCUGGAAAUGGGACCACUAACAUUUAGGGAUGUGGCCAUAGAAUUCUCUCUGGAGGAGUGGCAAUGCCUGGACACUUCACAGCAGAAUUUGUAUAGGAAUGUGAUGUUAGAUAACUACAGAAACCUGGUCUUCCUGGGUAUUGCUGUCUCCAAGCCAGACCUGAUCAUUUGUCUGGAGCAAGGAAAAGAGCCCUGCAAUAUGAAGAGACAUGCGAUGGUAGCCAAACCCCCAGUUGUGUGUUCUCAUUUUGCCCAAGACCUUUGGCCAAAGCAGGGCUUAAAAGAUUCUUUUCAAAAAGUGAUCCUGAGAAGAUAUGGAAAAUAUGGACAUGAAAAUUUACAAUUAAGAAAAGACUGUAAAAGUGUACAUGAGCAUAAGGUGCACAAAAGAGGUUAUAAUGGACUUAACCAAUGUUUGACAACUACCCAGAGCAAAAUAUUUCAAUGUGAUAAAUAUAUUAAAGUUCUUCAUAAAUUCUCAAAUUCAAGUAGACACAAGAAAAGACAUACUGGAAGGAAACCUUUCAAAUGUAAAGAAUGUGGCAAAUCAUGUUGCAUACUUUCACAACUAACUCAGCAUAAGAAAACUGCUACUAGAGGGAAUUUCUACAAAUGUAAAACAUGUGGAAAAGCCUUUAACCAGUUCUCAAAUCUUACUAAACAUAAGAUAAUUCAUACUGAAGUGAAUCCCUACAAAUGUGAAGAAUGUGGCAAAGCCUUUAACCAGUCCUUAACUCUUACUAAACAUAAAAAAAUUCAUACUGAAGAGAAACCUUACAAAUGUGAAGAUUGUGGCAAAGUCUUUAGUGUAUUUUCAAUCCUUACUAAACAUAAGCUAAUUCAUACAGGAACAAAACCCUACAAUUGUGAAGAAUGUGGCAAAGGCUUUAGUAUAUUCUCAACCCUUACUAAACAUAAGAUAAUUCAUACUGGAGAGAAGCCCUACAAAUGCAACGAAUGUGGUAAAGCCUUUAACUGGUCCUCAACUCUUACUAAACAUAAGAGAAUUCAUACUGGAGAGAAACCCUACAAAUGCAAUGAAUGUGGUAAAGCCUUUAACCAGUCCUCAACCCUUACUAGACAUAAGAUAGUUCAUACUGGAGAGAAACCCUACAAAUGUGAAGAAUGUGGUAAAGCCUUUAAACGGUCCACAACUCUUACUAAACAUAAGAGAAUUUAUACUAAAGAGAAACCAUACAAAUGUGAAGAAUGUGGAAAAGCCUUUAGUGUAUUCUCAACCCUUACUAAACAUAAGAUAAUUCAUACUGGAGCAAAACCCUACAAAUGUGAAGAAUGUGGCAGCGCCUUUAGGGCAUUCUCAACCCUUACUGAACAUAAGAGAGUUCAUACUGGAGAGAAACCUUACAAAUGUAAUGAAUGUGGCAGAGCCUUUAACUGGUCCUCAACUCUUACUAAACAUAAGAGAAUUCAUACUGGAGAGAAACCCUACAAAUGUGAAGAAUGUGGCAAAGCUUUUAACCGGUCCUCAACCCUUACUAAACAUAAAAGAAUUCAUACAGAAGAGAAACCCUACAAAUGUGAAGAAUGUGGCAAAGCUUUUAACCGGUCCUCAAACCUUACCCGACAUAAGAAAAUUCAUACUGGACAAAAACCAUACAACCUAAAAGACAUGACAGUGCUUUUGACAACACCUCAAACUUUUCUAGACAUAAAAGAAAUCAUACUGGUGAGAAAUCCUAGAAAUGUGAAGAAUGUGACAAAGCCUUUAAGUGGUUGUCACACUUGAUUGUAUAUAAGAUGAUUCAUACUGGAGAAAACUCCGAGAAGUGUGACAAAUGUGACAAAACAAUUCUCAUACCUUAUUGCACAGGAAAGCAUUUAUACUUGAGAAAAAUUGUAUAAAGAAUGGAAAAGUCAUUAAUAUCUGCUCAUAUCUUACUCAACAUCAGAAAGUUAGUACUUAAUAAAAGUGUUAUCAAUGAAAUUACUGUCAAAAGAUCUUUCAGACAAUAUAAGCCUGUAAAGUGCAGCAGAGUAUUUUGAAGAGAAACAUUAAAAAUACGAAGAGGUUUGUAGUACCUUUGCUUGUAUCAUAGAUCUUACUGUACACAUUUUGUACUAGAGAAAAACCCUGAAGCAGUUGUUCAAACUUUGUUCAAUACCAGGAAAUUUAUGUUGGAGAAAAACCCUAUGAGUGUAAUGAAUUUGGAAAAAUACUUUUUCAACAACAGCUUAGAAAACAUGAGAGGAAUUAUAUUAAAAUAUAUUUUUGCAAAUGCAGCAGUAAAUAUGAAAUACAUGAUCCAAAAUUAGGUUUAUAUAAAUAUCAGAGAAUUCAUAGUACAGAUAUCUUAAGAUACUGACACUUCAGACAUUACACAAAAUCAGAGUGCUGAGUACAGAAAGUUAUCCAAAACACAAGUUGGUAGAUAACUAAUAGUGAAAAAGUUUUUUGCAGAGGUAUAUUUACAUUCAAAGUACACUGUUUUCUUUGGAAAAAAUUACAGGUUUUUAAAAAAGUGAAUAAUGAUAUAAUUCAACUCUCAAAUCCAUGUUUUUUGGUCUUUUUUGGAU